AUGGGUCGCUGGACAGAUGUGGACAGUGACGCUGAGCGACUGCCAGACGGUUUCGAGCGCAUAGGCUAUGACGCUGAUACCCAGACCUACACCUUCCGCGAUGCAUCCGGUCGUGUCUACGAAUCUGAGCCUGGCAACCGCUACGGGGAGCUGCGAGCCACCGGCGAGCGCUCACAGCCCAUAUCUGACGAAGAACGACUCGAGCAACACGAAGCAAUAGAAAAGAACAACAGGAGCGCUGUGCGUAUGAUGUUGCCAUUUGCACUGCUGGUUCUUGUUUUCUUGUUCCUUGUAUUCAAGCUCGUGGACAAGAGCGAGGAUACAUACGUCUCUGCUUGUGGAAAGGGAAAUCGUCAAGCAUACAUCUCCAAAGGCGAUACGUGUUGGGCGCUUGCUGAGGCACAUGGCAUAAGUGUAGAUGAUUUCUUAAGCUUGCGUGGAAAUGAGGGAGUCGACUGUGACAAGUUAAGGAUUGGAUGGGGCAUCUGUGUGCCAACAACACAGUGA